CGGCCCCAGAGGCCACAUAUGGAGGACUCUGUUAAUAUCGUCCUAGUUAGAGGGUUGAUUCUCUGACUGAAAUAUGCAUGUCAACAGAUGACCCCCAAGGGGGAAGGUAGACACUCGUGUAUAUAUAUCUGUAUUUAUUUGCAGGCAGUUGAAAGGAGUACGAGGGAUUUACGGGAGCAUAUUCUACUACUACCUCUUUGUCUAUCUGCCCCUCAUACCAUAAUGGCGGUCGAGAGUAAACACGCUGCCAAGCUGAUAGUUUCGGUAAUGGUCCUUUGGGCUAUCAGUGCAACCUCUUUCAUCCUUCGAGCCGUAUCCAUUCAGAUGCGCAAGCGAUCCUGGAAGUCCCAUGACUACCUCACGGCUCUGGCACUACUCUGCUUCACGGGGUAUGCCGCGGACGUCACUGUGGGUAAGUGCGUGUUAUUCACUCGGAUGCCGCUCGAUGAUGAGGCUUGUUGACGACAGUCGACCAUCCAGGUGCCAUUGCGGGGGCCUAUGGCGCGGAUAUUGACACUAUCUCGAUGAAUAAGUUGGUCAUUUCGUUGAAGGUUCGUUUCGACCUCCUCAUCGUGUG